CUCGAAAAUAAUUUGAAGAUGUACACAAAUCCUCCAUAACCGCGGUUUGGUUGCUUCUUGCUGUCGUCGUUUCAUUCGUUCGGUUGUUGUCGACUGUUCCAUCUCUCAAUCUGCAUCGUAUCCGCUGCCUGCCGUCCGCCGUCCACAUCCCACACACACACACACACGAAGACCGCCGUCAUGUUUAUGACUCGCUCCGAAUAUGAUCGUGGUGUGAACACCUUUUCACCCGAGGGCCGCAUCUUCCAGGUCGAGUACGCCAACGAGGCAAUCAAGCUUGGUGCCACUGCCAUUGGCAUCCAAACAAACGAGGGCGUGAUCAUCGCUGUGGAGAAGCGUGUCACGUCUCCGCUCAUGGAGCCCGAGAGCGUGCCCAAGAUCUUCGAGAUUGAUGCUCACCUUGCGUGUGCCAUGAGCGGCUUGAACGCCGAUGCCCGUACAUUGAUUGAGCGCGCCCGCGUCGAGGCACAGAACUACUGGUUCACGUACAACGAGCCCAUGUCUGUCGAGUCGGUCACACAGUCUGUGUGCAACCUGGCCAUGCAGUUUGGCGAGGGCUCCGACAGAGAAUCAGGCAGCAUGAGCCGCCCGUUUGGUGUUGCGCUGCUGUUUGCCGGCAUCGACAAGGAAGGCUCAUCCAUCAAGCCGCAACUGUUUCAUGCUGAUCCAUCGGGCACCUUUGUCAGCUACCUCGCCAAGGCCAUCGGAUCUGGCUCUGAGGGCGCGCAGACUGCUCUGCAGGACGCGUACGACAAGGCCAUGUCGCUGGCAGAUGCGGAGAAGCUUGCGCUGCAGACGCUGAAGCAGGUCAUGGAGGAACAAAUCACCGCAAAGAACAUCGAGGUUGCCACGGUGAAGGUGAACGAGGAGACGAACAUGCCGCAGUUCAAGAAGUACACACACGAGGAGCGCGAGGAGGCCCUCACGCGCAACGGCGUCACCACCGCGCAGGCAGCAACGGCAUCCGAGUAAACCCAGCUGCACCCACCCUCUGCUGCACGCAAACACCCCUCUGUCUCUUUCGUUCUGUUGUUGUUGUUGUUGCUGUUGUUGUUGUUGCUGCGUAUCGUGUUGUUGGGUUGUGCACGUGGGCGAGCGGAGGGCCGUCACAAAUGUUAACCGUUGUUGUCUUUCGUUCCCCCCUCUUGUGGGAGGGUCACGUCAGUUUGUGGUGCUGCACCAAAGUAAACGUUGAGAUUGGUUGAGCUGUAUGAUGGAAAGGAUGAACGCGUGCAAGC